CCUCAAUCCUGCUGAGUGGUUUCCGUUCGGUCAUGUGACCAGGCUCGGGCUGUGGACGGGAGCUCAGGGCUGGUUAUCUAGUAACUUGUAUGGAGGAGACUGCACGGACCGCGGGGCGAACAGUGCACCGAGUCACCGUCCACUUCUCCUCCAGGAAUAUUACUUUACAGCAUGUCACAAAGUCCGGAGAAAACCGCUCUCUCAGAGGUCCACAGCGGCGGGAGAAAUAGCGGAACGCGGGGAGGAUGCGGUGUCCCAGGGCAGGAUGCCGAGGAGAAAUUGUUACUGGCUGCUGCAUACGUUUACGAUGCUCAAUACAACAGAAACAUUCCUUUCGAAACAUCUCCUAAAGCAGUAAGACUUUACUAUUUUUACAAUCACUGGGUUAUGCAAUUUGCCACUUAUAUCUGUAUCACAGUUGACUUGGCUUUGGCCAUUUUCGAGGAACCUGCAGUUUACCAGCUCCCAUUUCUGGUUACCUCCAUAGUUGAGGUCCUCUGCUUAUUGGCUUUCUUUGGCAGACUUGUACAUUUUAGUAAAGUUACUCCUCGUAGUGUUUUUUGGAAGGACACGAAGAACAUAUGUGUAAUGGUAACAAUAUUUCUCAACUUAGUAGAUUUGAUUAUCUAUGGAUCUUUGCUUAUUGCUCACAUACCUAGCGUUCGAUGGUCUAGAGUACUACGUACAAUUUACCUGGUUAAUUUCGCCGAAAGUCGUCAGAUCCGCCGAGCAUUCCGUAGCAUCAGAAACACAUUACCUGAAAUUCUCUAUGUCUUCCUUCUUUUUAUGUUCAGUGUCCUCAUUUUUUCACUUAUGGCUCAGAAGCUUUUUGGAAGCAGGAAACUAUUAACAGCUGAAAGAGAACCUUACUUUGAAAACUACCUUGAUGGUGCAUUUAAUCUUUAUGUGUUAGUGACGACUGCCAACAGCCCCGAUAUCAUGAUGCCAGCUUAUGACUACAAUUGGUGGUAUUCCAUCUUCUUCGUAGCCUACAUUAUUCUGAAUACUUAUAUUUUUAUGUCCGUCUUCUUAGCUGUUGUGUACAAUAAUUACAGAAAACAUUUAAAGAAUGAGAUCCGUAAAUUGGCUUAUAUGAAACGGCGCAAGAUGGCAGAAGCAUUUAAUGCCCUGAAGGUACAGGAAGGACCAGAAUUUGUCAUUUCAGAAACCACAUGGCUAAAACUGGUAAAGAUGGUGGCUCCAGACAUCAGUAACUCACACAGAGAACUUCUCUUACGAGUGUCUAAAGAAGAUGGACAAACUUAUGUGGGAAAGGAAGCUUUUAUACGUUUGGCUGACUUGCUGAACAUUCAGGUGAUCACUAUGAAGGCUCGCAUGCAUCCAGUUGAAUGCUGGAUGCCUCACCUGUAUAGAUGCGCAGCGAGUCGCUUUAUCCGCAGGGUCGUCCUUCAUAAAGGUUUUGUAUACGCUUAUGAUGUCGUAAUUCUAGUAAAUGCCAUUUUCAUUGGCCUGGAUGACAAAAACCCAUUAAUAUCCAAUGCUGAGUGGGUGUUCCUCUCCCUCUAUGUCUUAGAGAUUCUUCUCAAACUCUACACCUAUGAUCCCAGAUCGUUCUUUGCAAGGAGCCAGUUUUGGAAUUGGUUUGACACCUUUAUCAUCAUCGCUGCUCUUAUCGCUACAACAUUGAACACUGCGCUGAAAUCAGUGAGUUUAUACAACAGUCAAGACAUUCUAGACAUUGUCUUCAUUCUUCGUGUUCUCCGACUCAUAAGGAUUAUUGACAGCAUUCAAAGGUUUCGGGUCAUCAUGAACACAUUGAUAAACAUCCUUCCAACCAUGUUAACAUUUUGUGGCAUUAUUCUAACUAUAUACUAUGUUUUUGCCAUUAUCGGAAUGGAGGUUUUCCAGAACAAAAUCCGUUUCUUCCCUGAAAAUUCUACCGAACCUUACGCACAGGAGUGUGGAGCGAAAGCUUUGAGAGACUCUGCCUUUGCCAAAAGCAAAUACUGCAAAAAUAACUUCAAUGACUUGGGUUCUGCCUUUAUUGUUCUUGUGGAGCUGACUGUGGUUAACCAGUGGCAUGUUCUCGCUACUGGGUUUGCUCUUGUGACCCAUCCAGCAGCUAAACUGUAUUUUAUUGCUUUCCAUGUGGUGGUUGUUAUCAUGAUCAUCAACAUAUUUGUAGCCUUUAUUUUGGAAGCAUUUUUUGUGGAAUACUCCCUGGAGAAAAGUGAAGUUGAAACCGCCAUUGAAAAGAAGAUCCAGGAGUUAGGAAUGGCAGUACAGGAGGGAGAUAUUUCUACUGGGAACUUAGUGGACAACAUGGACAGUUGUGAAAAUGAUCUUGGAGGGUUUGGCGAGGGCAACCAGAAAGGACUGAUGUUUCAAAUUGCCUCCAAACGCUAUAGAACAGUAGAUGCCUUGUUACAGCGCAUGUUUGAGGCAGAAAUACCUCCUGAAGAUGAAGGCCCACAAAUGGAGGACAUUUUGAAUUUGUCACCCAAUGACCUUUAUAUUGAAAAUCCAACAUUCAACUCGGCAGCCUAGUACCCAGAAGAUAACUGGUCAAACUGGAACAGAGUGAAACAGAAUAGUCUGCACAGAAAAUUCCAGCAAUGCAGCUGAUGGAUGAAUAUACAUAUAUUUAUUUUUAUAGACAAUAGCUCUUUUAGUAUAUCAAACAGAUCCAGUAAUGAAAGGGUUUAUGUCUGGGUUGGGAUAAGGGCAUAUCACCACUUUAGGCACCUCUACACAGUGCACUUCCUUAGGACUCAAUGAAUGGCCAUAUUUGUGAAUAUUUUUUUUUUUUGGUUAUGGGAUCAAGUCUUAUUAUCCUAUAAAUUUAACAUGUUACCGAAGACUGGCAUGUGAA